AUGGGUUUGCCUUGGUAUCGUGUUCAUACUGUCGUAUUGAAUGAUACGGGUCGAUUGCUUGCGGUGCACAUAAUGCACACAACUCUAGUUUCUGGUUGGGCUGGCUCAAUGGCUUUAUAUGAAUUAGCAGUUUUUGAUCCCUCUGAUCCUGUUCUGGAUCCAAUGUGGAGACAAGGUAUGUUCGUAAUUCCCUUCAUGACUCGUUUAGGAAUAACGGAUUCGUGGGGUGGUUGGAGUAUUUCAGGAGGAACUGUAACAAAUCCGGGUAUUUGGAGUUAUGAAGGUGUGGCAGGUACGCAUAUUGUGUUUUCUGGCUUGUGUUUCUUGGCAGCGAUCUGGCAUUGGGUAUAUUGGGACCUAGAAAUAUUCUCUGAUGAGCGGACGGGAAAACCCUCUUUGGAUAUGCCCAAGAUCUUUGGAAUUCAUUUAUUUAUUGCAGGGGUGGCUUGCUUUGGCUUUGGGGCAUUUCAUGUAACGGGUUUGUAUGGUCCUGGGAUAUGGGUAUCCGAUCCUUAUGGACUAACUGGAAAAGUACAAGCUGUAAAUCCAGUGUGGGGUGCAAAGACAGCCAGGAGGUUUGCCUAG